CUGAAAGAUCUCGGCAGUCCCGAAUGGAUCUUUGACGUCAAAUAAAUGCAAAACGACCCUGUCCACAGUCUCCAACGGUCGGCGACAAGAGAGACAACAAUAAAAGCAAAGAAGAGCGAGAAGAAGAAGAAAGAGGGAGCAAAAUAAACCCUGGGAGUGUCAAACAGCAUGGCCCGAACGUCUGGUAUACUGCUAGUUCUCCUUCUGCAGCAACUGCAAGUCCAUGGGUAUUUUGUGCCAGCGACUUCUACGGCAAGUCAGGUAAUACGCCAAAACGGACACGGCUCUCCAAGGCCAAUCCCAGUACAUGUAGUACCACCAGCAUUGGAAAAGACAUGGUUGGGCAGACUGCCAAGGAAGAAUUUUUUGGUGUAUUCGACGCGCCUUCAAGAGGGAAAACUACAAGACCAAGAGAAGGAGGAGGAGAAGCCUACUGGUACCGGUACAACCAAAGAGAAAGAGACUGAAAGUGCCGACCCAUCAUCCCCAAAAGAUACUACUAGUACUAGCACUUCACCACCUGAUGAUAAAGUACAGAUUGAAGGAAUCGGUGGCAAGGGUGGAGUGGUCUAUGAUGUCAACCGUCUCAAACGCAAUCUACUCCAAGAAACCAUGACGGUCUACAAGGAAGAGCUAUGGGACCUGUUGGAAGGGAGCGAUGCUCCGACGAGCAGCAAUCAAGACAUUGUCGAAAAACUGCUGGCACUGGUACAAGCCAGUCCCGUUCGAACUACCACGGAUUCCAAUUUGUUGGAUGGACAAGACGAUUGGGUCUUGGCUUAUCGAUCUCAAUAUCCGACCACGAUCGCAUCCUUGCUCAUGGAAGAAGGAAGUGUCGCUGGGACUUAUUACUACAAUGCACGCUAUACCUUUCUCUGGAAUUCGACGACUGCCAACAAUUACAACCAGGAAGAAGAAACACGCAACAACAAACGACGGUCCUUUGUCUUUUGGGACAAGAUCAAGGAAUUUGUGCAAUCCAAGCAACGGACGUUUCGCUUGGAAGAUUUGGCCGAGGACGAAGAUGCCUAUGUCAAGGAUACCACCUAUAUGCUUGGAGGGAUCCUCACAAGAACACAAUACUACGCUCUGGAUGGCUUGACACGAUCCUCUCUGAUUCUACAACCAUUCGCGACACAAUGGUCCUUGAUGGGUCGAUGCCCUCCGCAACCACAGCAGGGAGGGGAGCAUUCUACAAACAACAACAAACCGCAGGUAUCCGUUCAUAUUGUCUACUUGGACAAUGAUCUCUGCAUAUUGACCGAAGAGGAUGGUCCCGACAGCCCCUUUUGGGUGUACACACGCAACAAGGCAUAUCGGAAUGUGUACAAGAGCAUGAGACGCAAGUUCAAACUGUUGGGGGCAGCCAUGUGGGGAUUGGUUCCACUCCCACAGCGACGACAGCGAUCGCGAAAGAGACAGCCCAUGUUGACGGAAAUUAGUAGUGGUAGUAGUACUGACGGCUCCAUGGCAUCGUCGUCCAACAAAUUGCGAGUCCUGCGAUUGGGGGACAUGGACGAAGACGACGACUCGUGGGAGAGUGAUUCCGAUCCCUUUAUUCACCUCUCGGCAGAUGAACGACAGCGUGUCUUGAAAGAAAUGAGCGUCGAAGAGAUUACCGACAAGUAUCGGAACACCCAAAAGCGAUUUCGAUGGCUCCGCAAGAUGUUUGCCAGACGAAAACGAAAACAAACCUUCAAAGCACCACCGGAAACAUGGAGACGGCCGCAACAAAAGAAAAAGUCGUAGGUUGGGAGAGAAUACAAAUCGAAUCAUUGGAUGGUGCCCACCAGUACAGAAAACCAGGAUUUGCUUGGAUUGUCUUUUCUGGGAUAUACAAGCAAGAUCCUCGGCUACCUGUACUGGAGGGUUGAUGUGUUGCAAUCUAUAAUGAGAGCCCCUACAACCCGUGGCAGCUGAAUCUAUAUAGCUAGCUAGCAAACUGGCCAUUAAUAGCUCAUUUUGAUAUUGU